UCAUGAGACACGUCAUAAAUAAAUAAUGAAAGAAUGUAAGUUCGAUGUACGAAUUUCAUACUAAAGAAUUAAUAAACUAUCCAUUGUUUAUUAUUCCAUUGAACUGAACAGUCGUAAAAAUAAAAGGUUAAAUAAAUAAAAAGUUAGGUGCUACUGAAAUAGCAGAAUGAAGUAGUGGAUGGCAAAAUCGAAAUGUGGCUACAAAAUUGACACGUCAUUGGUAAUACACCAAUCAGCAGAAGAGUUUAGAAGGUACUGCCAAUCGUCUUUGUUGGUUACAGAGCCGACCACGGGCAAUCUACUUUCGAUUUAACAUUCGAAAUGAAGAUGGCUGCCGAGGUGAGGUGGCUUUUAAUUUUUCAAAUAUUUUGUUUAAUUUGUGCGGCUUUCGGCGAGACACCUCAUCGGAAAUUCGAGUAUAAAUAUUCAUUUAAGCCACCGUAUCUUGCACAAAAAGAUGGGAGCGUGCCUUUCUGGGAAUACGGAGGAAAUGCGAUUGCUAGUGCAGAAAAUGUUAGAGUAGCUCCAUCAUUAAAAAGCCAAAAAGGUGCAAUAUGGGUGAAACAACCUGUUACCUUUGAUUGGUGGGAAGUUGAACUUAUAUUCAGAAUAACAGGAAGAGGAAGAAUUGGAGCAGAUGGUUUAGCAUUUUGGUACACUGCUGCAAAAGGUGCUUACAAUGGCACUGUCUUUGGCAGUUCUGAUCAGUGGAAAGGUCUUGGCAUCUUCUUUGACUCCUUUGACAAUGACAAUAAACACAAUAAUCCUUAUAUCAUGGCAGUCCUCAAUGAAGGCACAGAAAGCUUUGAUCAUACUAAUGAUGGCACAACACAGUUAUCCGCUGGUUGUUUAAGAGACUUUCGCAAUAAACCAUUUGCAACAAGAGCGAAAAUUGAAUAUUACCAGAACACUUUAACAGUGUUAUUCCAUAAUGGUAUGACAAACAGUGAACAAGAUUAUGAAAUGUGUUUCCGAGUUGAAAAUGUUGGUUUACCAAAAGGAGGAUACUUUGGUGUUUCUGCUGCUACCGGUGGUUUGGCUGAUGAUCACGAUGUUUCACAUUUCUUAACACAUUCUUUAUAUCCUCCUGGUCAAUUUCGGCCAGAUGGGCAAAAAGUAUCUCUUGAGGAACAACAAAAACUUAGUCAGGAGUAUAUGGAUUACCAGAAAAAGUUAGAGCAACAAAAGGAAGAAUAUCGCAGAGAUCAUCCAAAUGAACAACGCGAAAAAGAAGAAUUUAUGGAAUAUUUCGAAACUGAUAAUCAAAGAGAAUUGCGACAAAUUUUCGCUGGUCAAAGUCAAAUGUUUGAUGCUCUGCGCGAACUGAACAGAAAAUUAGACGAGAUAGUAGGAAGACAAGAAAGAUCUUUAAGUUUAAUAUCUCAACUUCAAGUUGGUGGUGUACAAAUGGGAGGUCAACCAGGACAACAAGUACAAUUGAUCGACACGAUUCGUCGACAAGAAGUCGAUGCUUUGUUAAACAAUCAAAAUAAUAUAUUAAAUACAGCAAGAGAAAUUAAGUCUUUUGUAAACGAAGUAUACUCCAAGACUGAUACUAUUCUUAACAAUCAGGCUCGAAGUCCAACCGCUCAGGUGCAGCCGAUGGGAUAUGAUUAUCAUUCGCUUGUUUCGGAAAUGCGAGAUGGACUUAAUACACUAAAGAGGGAUAUCAGCCAAAUAAAUACUAAAAUAAGUAAUGGAGGAUCAGAUUGUCCAACAAUGAACUGCUUAACAACAACAAUGUUCUUACUGUUUGUGGCAAUCCAGAUGAUCAUUUUGUUAGCAUAUAGCAUGUACCGAGACAAUAAAGAAGCCCAGGCAAAGAAGUUGUACUAAUGUUUGUUUUCAAUCCUACAGUGCAAAAGUAAGGAUAUAAAAAUAAAUUUCUACCUUUGCGUACUGACUCAAUAUUUUUAUCAUUUGUUAAUGGUAUUUGUAUGCAUUUUUUGCUGAACAUCUGUACAAUAAAUACAUUCUUCAUUCACGGUAGAUUUACUGCGAUAUAAUAAGGAGCAAUCAAUUCUCCUGAGAUAUAAAAAAAAAAAACUUAUGCUCAGCUUUGUAUAAUUCUGAAGUCAUUCUGUAGUCAUUCUGAAUAUAACUCAAUGCGUCAUAUAUUUCUUGUCAUUGUAAACCAUAGACAUAAAUAUACAUAAAGUGGCAGAAAGUAGGCGCGUGAUCUUUAAAUUCGACAAAUUUUGUCGUGCUUAGAUGGUGGUUGUGUAUGAUAUAUAUUUUUUUAUCAUUAGAAAUAUUUCGUCCUUUUUUUCAAAUUAGUUUCAUUUAAAAAAUAAUUUUUUUUUUUUACAUAUUGAUUUAUUGUAAUAUUAAAAAUUAUAUAUAAAUAUUUAUAUACAAAUUUUGUAUUGAUAAUUGGCAUAUCGAGUAUCGAAAGCUGAGACAAUUUUUUCCUAAGAAAUAAUCCAAUUCUCAUCGCUUACGAUGUUUGUCGAUCUGGUACUACAUUCCUUUAAAUGAUUGAGCGUAUAGCUAAGUUUUACGUUUCUAACGUGACAGAUACUUAAAAAUAAGGAACGCUAGUUAUAGCUCUAUCGAAUUCAAAGUGGAAAAGUGACGUCGAACAAUCAUUACAUUCUUGAAGAUCUAGAAUAAGAACACUUUUGUUAAUACGUACUUUGUAAGCGUAUAUGGUAUAUCGAGUAGCAGCGUAGACAGGAACGAUUUGAAUUAUCCUGUCAAUCUUAUUGCAUUUGUAAAAGUUUAUUGAAGAUUGUAAAUGUAUAAUGAAAUAUAUCUAGUAAUAAAAUUACUAAUUGAAAAAAUAAACAAACUGAAAUUUAAUAAACAAGUUGAAAUUCAAAGGAUAUUUAAAGGAUACUUGCGAUCAUUUGAACAUUAAGUAUCGAUCGAUUAUAUCGAUUAUUUCGAGAUGAUUGAAUCUUCGAUCAAUCGAAGUAUGAUAAAAUGAGCGAUGUAAAGUGUGCAACGAUUUUAUUGUGCUUUUUGAUGAAUUUUUGAAGAAUUGAAUAUGGGUAUGUAAUUUUUGUGUAAAGUUUUGAAACAUACAUUAUAUCAUGUUAAAUUUUGUCAAAUAACUUUUGUAUAAAUAAUUACGUUUUUAUUUUCUUCACAA